UAUAGAAUUUUUUCUUUCUUUUAAAUCUUCAACCAUAGAUUCUGUUCUGUCAGAAAACAUGCCAUUAAUAUCUCAAUUUCCAUAAUCAUAGAACCACCCUUAACCCCUUAUCCCUCUUCCUUCCCCUCCCCAAAAUUCAGCUCCCAAGUUGCGUUUUUUUCACUCCAAUUUUCACCCCAAAUCAGAAAUGCAAGUUCUAUCAGCAUGCAAUUUGUGGUCAGUGGGUGUGCCAAUCCACACAAGAAGAAGAAGCUGUGUCCUCAGCCGCCGUGAGAUUUGCUUUGAUGGAAUGUCCUCUGUCUGCUCUCACUCUCAAAACUCCUCAAACGACGCCAUUUCAUCCACCAGCGGCAGCACUAUUCAAGUUCAAGAUAAAACUUUGGAUUUUGAUGAAAUGGUGAAGAAUCUUGUUCUAUCUCCAACACGACGUGUGUUAGUGGCGAGUUUAACUAUGUUUUCCUGUUUAUGUUCUUCAAGGUACAUGUCAGCCCUAGCAUUGGGAGAUCCAUCAGUAACACUUGAAGAAGUAACCCCUCCCGUGUUUUCUUCUGGGCCACUCUUUCCCAUAGAGGAUCGAAUUGUCCGACUAUUUGAAAGAAACACAUAUUCUGUUGUUAAUAUUUUCGAUGUGACACUACGUCCUCAGCUUAAUAUAACUGGUGUGGUUGAGAUUCCUGAAGGAAAUGGUUCUGGAGUAGUGUGGGAUGAGGAGGGCCACAUUGUGACAAAUUAUCAUGUAGUUGGCAAUGCCCUUUCAAAAAACCCAAAGGCUGGUGAGGUUGUUGCCCGAGUUAAUAUUCUAGCAUCAGAAGGGUUACAAAAGAAUUUUGAAGGUGUACUUAUUGGAGCUGACCGUUUAAAGGAUCUUGCUGUCUUGAAGGUAGAUGCCCCAAAAGAUAUUUUAAGGCCUAUCAAGGUUGGGCAAUCAUCUUCUCUAAAAGUUGGGCAGCAAUGUUUGGCAAUUGGAAAUCCAUUUGGUUUUGAUCACACCCUCACAGUUGGGGUUAUAAGUGGACUUAACCGAGAUAUCUUUAGUCAAACUGGGGUAACAAUUGGUGGUGGUGUUCAAACUGAUGCAGCAAUAAAUCCUGGGAACAGCGGAGGCCCCCUUCUCAAUUCGAAAGGAAGCUUAAUUGGGAUUAAUACUGCAAUAUUUACGCAGACAGGAACAUCAGCUGGUGUAGGAUUUGCGAUCCCAUCUUCAACUGUAUUGCGAAUUGUUCCUCAACUCAUUCAGUUUGGAAAAGUUGUUAGAGCUGGUAUAAAUGUGGAUAUUGCACCGGACUUAAUUGCAAACCAACUUAAUGUUCGAAAUGGAGCUCUUGUUCUUCUGGUUCCUGCAAAUAGUCUUGCAGCCAAAGCUGGUUUAAAUCCCACCACAAGGGGAUUUGCUGGCAAUAUAGUCCUUGGAGAUAUCAUUGUUGCAGUUGACAAUAAGCCUGUGAAGAGCAAAGCAGAGUUGUUGAAAGCAUUGGAUGAGUAUAAUGUAGGAGAUAAAGUGGUGUUGAUGGUUCAGAGGGGCAGUGAAAAGUUGGAGCUGCCUGUGGUACUUGAGGAACAAAGUUCUUGAAAUGGUUUUGGUUUAUAUGUAUUGAUGUGUUGUUAUACAGCCAUAAAUGUAUUAUAUUUGCAGGCCAAAAGAAAGUAAUUCAUCUGUGCAAUCCAGGGUCUUAUAAUAGAAGUAUGGUAUAAAUAAUUGCACGAUUUUCAAAA